CAUUAGUUCUGGUUGUGGCUGUCAUUGUGUUGAUACUCCGGGGUAAUCAGGUCAUCUCAAAGAUACAAACGCGACUCUAAUUAAAACCCCAAAUCCCAGUAAACGCCAGGUUGGCAGUGGUUCACAAACAGCACCGGCAUAUUGCAAGCAGCAUCCCAGUGCUGUGGCCUUUGUGCAUGGCAUAUAUUCAUAUCCUCAGUUCGGACUUAAUCAGUUUCUAGUUUCGCUCCCGUGCUGUGUAUACCGCUUGGGUUCUACUUUUGGACAAAUAUCAACUCCGUUAUGUUGUAUUGAAUGUGAACAGAAGAGAUGGAGCUCGUCAGUGCUCCUAGUAACUGCAUGUGCCAGUAUUAGCGUGGGAGUCAUGAGUCGUCAAAUCCGACAGACACCCAGUGCUGACUACACACCAUCCCGGUACCACCAUCCCAGCUGGACGUCAGGUAGCCGAGGGAUCAUGUCAGAUCGAUGCUUUGUGUGUGGCAGUCGGGAUACCAUGACAAGACGUACUUCAGGCCAGUGUGUAGACACUCCUCUGCACACGGUAAUGUGUAAGAUUGUCAAGACAUGGGAGCAAUGUUACAAGGGACGUGAUGAUGUACUGCAAGUUGGUUACCCCGCAAUGUGACUGAUGUGACCUCAGUGUUGCAGAGAGGCACAGAAGGCUGGAUAACACAAGGGAUUAGAGCAUCCUCUCACUCCAAACAUGUUCUUUCAUGUCCCACGAACGUAUGUGUACGUGUGAUGGAAGAAUUCCUAUUUAACUCAACUCCAACCUAUUCGGAUAACACUACCACCAACUCCACUUCCUCAGGUGAUGGGGUCAUCGACCUUAAAGUAGCCAUACCCGUGGGGCUAAUUCUGGGGCUAAUAGUGGUCAUGACUGUAUGUGGCAACGUGCUGGUGCUGCUGGCUGUGUUUGUCAACUCUCACCUCAGAAGCACCACAAAUUAUUUCAUUGUUAACCUGGCAAUAGCUGAUCUCCUCUUGGGUACAACAGUUCUGCCCUUUUCUGCAAGUCUGGAAGUUCUAAGUUUCUGGGCUUUUGGCCAGGUAUUCUGUGAUGUUUGGGCCGCAAUUGAUGUGUUGUGUUGCACGGCCUCGAUCAUGAGUCUCUGUGUGAUCAGUAUAGAUCGGUACAUCGGGGUGACCCGACCGCUUCAACACUCUACCAUCAUGACAGAGAAACGUGCCGUGUAUAUCAUCCUGCUUGUAUGGAUACUCUCAGUGACCAUUUCCAUAGCUCCUCUCAUAGGUUGGAAGGAACCUCCGGAUUCAGACCCAAUGGUGUGCAACGUCACCACACAGCUAGGAUAUGUGCUGUUUUCUGUAUCUGGUUCAUUUUACAUACCAACUUUCAUCAUUAUGGUUGUGUAUAUACGGAUAUAUAGAGAGGCUGUUAAACAUUCAAAAUUUUUGUCAACAGGGGUAAAAACUUCGAAAAUAGAUGAAUGUGAGGGAGUGACGUUAAGAAUUCAUACGGGUAAGAGCCCUCAAACCCCUUCCCCAAUGUACCAGAGUAGCAGCUCCAGUGAACACUCGGAGGGAUCGGGUCGGAAAGCCGCCUCGCGACUUACAUUAGCAGGAAGGAUUGCCAAGUUUAAAAGAGAGAAAAAGGCUGCCAAAACGUUGGGGAUUGUAGUAGGGGUGUUUAUUUUGUGCUGGUUCCCCUUCUUCUUCGUCUUGCCUUUAGGUUCGUUGUGCCCGCACUGCCAGAUUCCGGAGAUUUUCUUCAAGAUCAUAUUCUGGCUUGGUUACUGCAACUCUCUCAUGAAUCCAAUUAUCUAUGCGUGCUCCAGCAGGGAGUUCCAACGUGCUUUCAAACGUAUACUGUUGUGUCAGUUCCGGCGGCGUCCAAGACUUUUCCAGCAGAAGAGUGAACGAUCGUCGUCGAUGGAUGUGAGCCGCAGUCAUUCUACCACCGAGGUGCAUCGUCAGGCCUCCAGGAUCUACAGGCCAGUGUCCCUCAAGGGACCGUCUUCCGCCAAAAAGGCAGUCCCUCAGGAGUACCACAGUGCCUCAAACAUUCUUUCCAGGGGUACCCCCGACUCCCCCCUCCAUAGCUUGCGAAUAUUCCAGAUGAAGAGGAAAACCUACUGUGAGGAUAGUGGUGAUGACAGCAGCUGUAAGACGGAAAGUGGGACAGUGAAGACCUUGAAUGACACACGGGAAUCUCUCCUGCCUGAUCAAUGUCUUCACAGAGGCGAUUCCUUGAUACAUCGGAGACAAAACUCCAGCACGUGUUUAGACGAAAGUAGCUUUGCCGAUGAUGAAGAAUAUGUUAACUCUGUUAUUACGAACAGCAGGAAUCAUAAGAGAGUUAAAGAGACCACAUAUACCGUACCAGAUGUCCCGCUUAUAUUGAUUAGGUGUGAUUCAGGAUCAGAUAUUGAUGAAACCACGCCAUUCACGGCAGAUUGUUCCAGUUAGUAAUUUCAAACCACAUGUUCUCCACCUUUCAAGUUGAAACACUUUGAGAUGCAUUCAUAUAUGCAGGCGGCAGGCUGAGACUUGCCAGCGAGAUGAACUGAGAGGCAAUAGCCUUCACUGAAGGAGAGUGUGUGUUUUAUGGUGGACGUAGAGGCAAAACCUUUUGACAUGUCCCCAAUCAUGAUGAAAACUGCUAUAAAGCAUGUAUUGCACUUGAGGAAAAUUAAAUUCAUUGACGUGCACAAGCGUUCAGCUCAACGUGCAAGUAAAUAUAGUUUUAUACCUAACAGUAUGGAAAAUAACUGAUGAACUAUUUAUGUUUAAGUGGUGCCCUGAGCUGCCAAAGCAAUCAGAGAGAAGUAUAAUCAGAACGGGUCUAGAGAUAAACAGAUAUGUAGACACACUUCCCAGUUGCAAGCAAGGCGAGGAAAUAACUAGCUAGGCACCUGAGUAGAGAAUUAAUGUGAACGAGGCGAUGAGCAGCAUUAUCCAAGAAGCUCUCCUACAUGAUUGAUGACCAUGAGUUUUUCUGCCAGAUAUUGAACCAGCGCUCUGAUAUUCCCCCCGAGUGAAACUGGUUGUAUUUGACACUGUCUGGCUGUGAAGCCACUAGUAUUGCCACUUGCUGCUACACGAUCUGGUUGUUGGUGUCAUUAGGGUGUAUUGUGGAACACAACAAUGACUCUAUGCUUGAUAUGCUGACGUACAUGUAUGUAGUCAAAGUAGUUUGUGUAUGGUAUUGGAUAAAUUAUAUUUU